AAAUAGAUAAAGAGAGCGAGCGAAUGAGAAAGAUCACUGGCCAAGAAACAAAGCAACGACAAUGGCUGUAGCUUCAUCACUCUCCAUGAGCUUGGUUUCAACCGCUGCAGCAAUAACCAAAAGGGUACCAGUUGCUUCCUUAUCAUCAUCGCCCAGCAACGACCCAUCAGUCAGUUUCUCAUCCGAGCCGUCCUUCCUUGGAGAAUCUAGUAGCAAUUUGAAGAGAAGACAACUGAUUUUCGGGCUUGGAGGAACACUCACCACAAGUACUCUAAUCCCUCUGAACUCUGCUUCUGGUGAAGGUACAUACUCUGAACUUGGCCUGUUGCAGUUCAUCUUCUCUGGCCUGGUUUUUCAUGCCACAAUUCUGAUGCUUUUGGCAGAGAUGAUGAAGAAGUACCAAAGUUAUGUGGAUCUUGAAGAUGGGUAUUCCUACAUCUACCCAUCAGAUUGGAGAGAUUUCGAUUUCAGGGGACACGAUUCGGCGUUCAAGGACAGGUACCUGCAGAUCCAGAAUGUGAGGGUGAGGUUCAUACCGACGAAGAAGAAGGAUAUCCAUGAACUGGGUCCAAUGGAGCAGGUCAUAUCCGAUUUGAUCAGCAAAGUUUAUGCUGCUCCAACUCAAAGGCCAACCAUUUACUCCAUGGAAGAGGUUGGUUUUGUUUUUGUUUUUUUCAUUGCGUAGAUACAAAUGGUGGAAAUGUUUCAAGUGGAUGAAGAUGAAGAGAAGAUUUUAUCAGUAGAAGUUCUUCAAAGUUCUGCUUUUCCUUCCUGUUGGUUUCGCGCGUUCCUGCAGAAAAGCGUGGACGGGAAGAAUUACUACACGUUCGAGUACGAGCUCACGUCUCCUAACUACUCCAGCGUCUCCUUCGCCACCAUUGCUAUUGGCAACGGGAGGUAUUACACGCUGAUCGUGGGAGCGAACGAGAGACGGUGGAAAAGGGUUCGAAACCAGCUCAAAGUUGUUGCAGACUCUUUCAAGUUGCUCUACAUUUGAUUCUUCAAUGUAUGAACCCCAGUCCACAGUUACACCAUUUCCAUCACUAAUGAUGUUCUUACAUCAUAAUAAGUCAAUUAGCAUCAACCAAUGUCAUAGUUGAGGAAUGUUGAAAAGCUAUAGAAUUAUCAACGUAGCUAUUUACAGAGAAAAAAGAUUACAACAAAUGC